UGGCUGCCUCCAGGGUUCGAGCAGAUGGUGAGCCAUUGAGUAUGGUGUCCAAAAUCUGGCCCAACAAGUUUAAGGCACAGUGUGAAUCGAGAUCGGAACCUACUUCGACACAAUGGAUCAAAAGAGCUGACACAGAAAGACUGAGAGAAAUUUUUAUGAAGUAUGCCAGUGUGGAAGUCAAAGGAGAGAAGUACAUGUCAUACAGUGAUUUCAUCAGGAAAUACCUGGGCAUGUUACCGGAAGAGAACCACAAUGAAGAAACCUUGAGAUUACUGGGCAAUGUCGUGGACACAACCAAGGACGGGAAGAUUUCCUUCACGGAGUUCCAAGCAUUUGAAGCUCUUCUCUCACUGCCUGAUGCCAUGUACGAGCUUGCUUUUCAAUUGUUUGACACCAAUGGUACAGGGGCUGUGUCGUAUGACGAGUUUGAACAGGUCUUGAGCCAUACUACACUUCAUCAGUAUAUUCCCUUUGACUUUAAGACAGACUUUGUCAACUUGCACUUUGGCAGGGACAAGAGGAGGGAAGUGAGCUAUGCAGAGUUUACCCAGAUUUUACAUGAUUUUCACGAAGAACAUGCUCUGCAGGCAUUUAGGAGGUUUGACGUAGACCACACAGGGUUUAUCACCCCUCUGCAGUUCUACGAUAUCCUGACCUCACUCAAGAGCCAUCUUCUGACACCUGCUGUGAAGGAGAAUGUAGUGGCUGUAACUUGCAGGGCCAAAGGUUCAAAGGUUGCUGGAAGUGACAAAGCCCACAAAGUCAGCUUCCCAUACUUCACCGCCUUCAUCUCCUUACUGAACAACAUGGAGCUAGUCAAGAAAGUCUACUUGGUCACUACAGGAGGAAAUAAAAAGGCAACGCUUACAAAAGAGGAACUUCUCCACGAGUGUCAGUACUACACUCAGCUGACCCCUCUAGAGGUGGACAUCUUGUUCCAGUUAGUGGACGUCCUGGGGCAGCAGGGACGGGUUUCCUGGAAAGAACUAGAUGCUUUAGCACCAUUAGAUAUAGAAAAAAUGCCAUUUAGCCAACAGUCAAUUAAGGGGUCCUCGAAGGACAGGACUGGCAUUCGAAUGACAGCAGAAACCAUGGCAACAAGGGGGCGUACUAUGGAGGUCUUGGAAAGUGUAUACAGAUUUACACUUGGCUCCUUAGCUGGAGCUGUGGGAGCUGCGACAGUGUACCCUAUAGACUUGGUGAAAACAAGGAUGCAGAACCAACGUUCUGGGUCCUAUGUAGGCGAAUUAAUGUACAAGAAUAGCUGGGACUGUGCCAAGAAAGUGGUUAGAUUUGAAGGUUUCCGUGGUUUAUACAGAGGUCUAAUACCCCAGCUGAUGGGGGUAGCACCAGAAAAGGCCAUUAAACUAACUACCAAUGACUUUGUUCGAGAUAAGUUUACCAACAAAGAAGGUGAAAUAUCACUUAUAGGUGAAAUCAUUGCAGGAGGCUGUGGUGGCGCCUCCCAGGUGAUGUUUACCAAUCCAAUGGAAAUUGUCAAAAUCCGCCUCCAGGUGGCAGGUGAGAUUGCCUCAGCAACCCGACCCAGUGCCAUACACAUCAUCAGAGACCUAGGUCUCUUUGGGCUUUAUAAAGGUGCCAGAGCCUGUUUUCUCCGUGAUAUUCCCUUUUCUGCCAUCUACUUCCCCACAUAUGCACACACCAAGAAAUCCUUGGCAGACUCCAAUGGUUAUAAUGCUCCAUACACCCUGCUGCUGGCUGGUGCUAUUGCAGGUUGUCCCGCGGCGUACCUGGCCACUCCAGCAGAUGUGAUCAAGACCAGACUCCAGGUAGAGGCCAGGAAGGGACAGUCCACGUACAAUGGGGUCAUCGAUUGUGCAAGGAAAGUGUUCCGCGAGGAAGGAGGCAAAGCUUUCUUCAAGGGAGGACCAGCCCGUGUGUUUAGGUCGUCCCCUCAGUUUGGUGUCACCCUGGUGGUGUACGAGCUUCUACAGAGACUGUUCCCUGUGGACUUUGGAGGAAGACGACCCGAGGGUUCAGCCCACAAGGCAACCAUUGAAGACUUGCAGCCCGCUAAUCCAGAUCACAUCGGAGGCUAUAAGUUAGCUCUGGCCACAUUCUCAGGCAUAGAGAGCAAGUUUGGACUUUGUUUACCCAAACACAGCAUACCCCAAGCUACUUAGGUCACAGGUCAAGGUCAUGCAACAUGGACUUUUUCCUUCAUUUGCCAAAGGAAACAGUAUGCAGCAUAGUAUGGUAUUGGUAGGUCAACAGAAAGCAAACAUGUCAAGCAAUAGGUGCAACAUGAUAAAAAUGAGGGAUAAUGACUUAACAGACCUUGCGUUUAUCUCAGAUACCUUGGUUAAGGCAUUUGCUACUAGUACAUAUGGUACUGAGUAUAUCACUUCAAGAGGGAUAGAGAAUUUGCCCCUAGCUAAUUAGGUCACUAGGUUAGCUGUUUCAUAGCUGACACAGGUCUGCUUCUUCAUUUUCAAGAUUCCAUGCAUGUCCUAGGCCUCUUGUUGUGUGAACAUCAGAAACAUUCAAUUGGAUAUUAGAUUUGUCCCAUAUUCAUGUAGGAAACCAUGAAAUCUCGUUAACUAAUUUCAAAAUGAGCAUUACUGAUUGGUGUUGAGAUUAAUGCACAAUGUGUUAUAACGCUGAUUGGGGUAAAAAAAAAAAAACUUAAAUCAAGCUUGCUGCUGAAUUUCAGAGUCCAAUAAGGACCACAUAUGAAGGUUUGACAGUGUAGAAGCUAAAGCAUUGGAUCUGAAGUAGGGGGAAGGGGAUAGUGGGUAAAAAAUGGGUGUGAAAUAAAUCACGUAUUAAUUAACUAGAUCAGUGAUGAAGCCAUUGCUCUGUGUGUUGGCAAACAAUCCACAUGUCUACAUAGUACAGUAUGCAUUUUACCUCAGUUGAAAUGUUUGAAGUCCUGUUAUUUAAGUUUUUGGAGAAAGCAUCUAGGUAUGUUUGGUGUGUUUUCUGUUUUCAUCUGACAUAACUUAAUUGCUUGUGUGUGUCCCCUGAGUAGAGUCGUGAUUGUGUUUUAAUGUAAUUCAUGCAGACUAUGUUAUAAUGCUAUUUUUGUAAAUGUUUAUCAUAUUCAUUAUUUUGUUUUCAUUUUGUGAAAUGUUUGUAAAGUCCCUUUUUACUUUUUUUUAUAUCAUAUAUUUGUUUAUUUGUUUAUAUUCACAUUGUUCAGUGUCAUUUUGACCCCGUCUCUUAACUUUGUUAAUGGAAACCAAGUUGAGGUUGUAUUGUUAUUGUUUAUCAUGAACCUGUUACUGCUGUGUACUUAAAUGUCUUGUUUGCCUUUUUGCAGCACUGUUAUAUAUUGUAGUUACCACACUGUUAUGGGUUAUAGCACUGUUACAUUAUUGUAGAAUAGGGUUUUUAUGUAUUUGACUUACUAUAGAUAUUUGUGGCAUUUAGGUCACAGUAUCCAAUAUGUUGGUCACGGUAUCCAGAAUAUUGGUCACAGUGUCCAGUAUGUUGGUAACAGUGUCCAGCAUAUUGGUCACAGCAUCCAGUAUGCUGACCACAGUAUCUAGUGUGUUGGUCACUGUUCUCUGUUGUCAUAUGUUCUGUUGCUGAUCAUGAGAUGAUACAAUACAGUUCAAAUCAGAUGUUUGAGGUUUUAAAGCUAUUACAAUUAGUGGCAAUUCUAGGUUACCAGAAGAUUUAAUAGGUUACUAGCAGAUAAAUUGCUUUUUGCCAAACAUAAAACAUGAUACCUUGCCAGCUUUUAUAAUGCACUGUUUAUAAUAGGCCGAAAUGAAUAGUUUUAUGUCAUUAUCAAGAAAAAGGGUUUUAACCAAAGAAGAACAAUUUUAACUAAAAAUACUUGUCACAAGUAGUCCAAUCUUAGAUAAAACCUCAUCCAAAAGCAAAGCUUGAACACUAUUGGUCCAAUCUUCCCACACACUUUUUCCAUGUCCCUACUAGCCCCAGUCUGAGACUCAUAUGCUGCAUACAGGAACUGGAAUAAUACUAGUAUGUAAAAUUGAUUGCAAUUUUGCUCUUUGUAUGUCUUUGCGACAGUAGCUGUAGUUGACUGGCAGUAGUUGAGACUUUUUUGAAGAAUGAACUUUUUGGGUAAAUGCCAGAAAGGAAUGGUCACAUGUUAAUAUAUGUCAAAUAAAUCUUUAUAUUUUAAAAUCGGUAGUGCUUGUCUCAUGUGUUGUCUAGCUACUUGUAUUGCAGUUCUUUUAUAUGUGAAUCAUCAUCACCACUAUUACCAUCAUCAUGUGAAUAAGGCGUGUUGUGAUUUUAACCUGGAAUGUUUCCUUGUACAUCCACUGAUAUGUUUUCAAAAUAUGAUAUGUAAUGAUAAUUUUUAAUAUAUUCAGAUUGGUCAUAACAAUGACACUCUUAUUCGUAGUUUUGAUAGAGUGUCAAAUUCAGGUUUACAGUAGCAAACACUGCUGUAGCUGACAUGUUUUAAUAGUGUUCAACCUUACUAUAAUAUACCGCUUUGCUUGUAGCAGGGGAGUGGUAGUUUCAUUGUUAGUGGUGCCAUCUAUUGUUUAUGUGCAUGCACUAAAGCAUGCUAUCUGCACGGGUACUUCUCAAAUGCCCUCAAGUGAUUGUUAAAACUUUUUUUCCUCAACUUCAACUGUAAAAUUGAAAUAUUCAUGCAUUGAAAAUGGUAUUUAGUAUAUUCAGUGAAAACUGUCAUUGAUGCUCAGAGAAUUUGGUGGCUUUAAUUAUGUCACAGUUUAAUAAAUAAUCCCUGAAUUAAAAAAAUUGAAAUAUAUAAUUAGAUCCGAUUUUAGGCUUUUUAAUGACAGUAACAGCAAUGAUAGUAAUUUAUGUAAUAAAAUUGAUUGAUGAACUCGAUUGAAAAAGAAAAAAAAAAAGACGUUAUAAAAUUUUGUUUUUGAGCUUUCGUGCUUUUAAUGGAGAAAGUUGUUCAUGUCCAUCAUUUCCACUAUUAGAACUGCUCAGCGACAGCAAUUUCUUACCCCAUGCAACAGGAAAAAAUUAAUUGAAAAAAAUAUUAAUGAUAAGCUGCUAGUUUUAUUGACCAGCAAACCCUAUAGCUAGUUGUGCAGAGUCGUUUAUUUAUUUUCAUUAGAAAAAAAAAGGAAAGGGAUCAAUUCUUCCAGUACACAUGAUGACACUGUGACAGAACAAGAAGCAUUUUGACUUAGACCAAUGUCAAGAAGGAUGGCCUCUUGUAGUAUUAUGCUGUAAAUAACAUACAUUGCACACAGUAGCACCAAACAUGUAUACAAAUGUUCAAAGUUCUAUAUUUUGUGACACCAAGAUUGUUGCCGUUUUUGCAAAAACUAUAAUAUUGUUUUUGAACUGGUGCUUGUUAAGAAUUAGUUUUAGAAAAAUGUUAAUGACUAAAAUGAUACAGACCCGUUGUAGAGAUUUUUAUCAUAAAGGUUUUUUAGAUGCUCAUUUUCAUAGGCCUGUAGGUUUGUUUUAUUAAGUUAUCAUGUUGGUUGUGUUCUGUUGAUAAUAAAACUCACCAAGAAGUUUAUUUCUCUCUUCCGGCCUAUGCCUGCUUUCUUGAUAAAAUGUCUUUGACACCCCCCCCCCCCAUCCCUGACACACCUGUGCUUGCUUGAUGACUGUCUUACUAAAAACUUGAUAAAAGAUGUUCUCACAAACCAUGGAUAUCUCAUUUGAAAGAAAUGUGACCAUGGCAAAUACCACUGCCACUUACCCAGGUUGAGUUUCUUUUUAUAUUUAAUUAAUAUAUGAUGAUUAUAAUAGAUAAUACCAAGUCAGAAAUGUGUUAUGUAAAAAAGUGUAAUUAAAAAAAUCUUUUUUCCCUCUUAAUUGUAAUUUUAAACAGCACUGCCAUUUUCUAACUUUCCUUUCCACACACACUUCAAUUUCAAGUGUGAUCUUUUAAAUGUUACUUAUUAUUGGUUGUAUUCAUUAGUACUUAUUACAAUCUGUGUUUGGAGGUUCCCUUUGUGUAUUAAAUUGCAACUGUUCUGUUUAUCAUUUUUCUGCAGUUUGAUAUGGUCCAUUAGUACAGAUGAUGUGUUGAUUAAUUUAAAAGUGUUUUAUUAUUAUGGUUUUCUUCCACUGAAUGUUUUGAUUAAUGAUUAUAAUUGCUGCAAUGGUGUACUAUCCUUGCAGAGUGAUAGAGAAAAUUAGAAUAAAAACUGGUUGUUAAGAUUUA